AUUUGUCCUGCGCGACUAUCCGUACUAGAACACGGAAGCUGAAGCUUGUAGAUGCUUCAACAUAACGUUCACCUAAAUUAUGUCGCGUUUAACGUGUGCUAACGCUUUUACUCAUUCCACGUAGCUUCUAUAUAACGAACCAGCUAAAAAUGAAGGUUUCUAACAAGCUACCGUAAGGUUAGCAGUUGUAUUUAUGGUGUUUUAAGCGAGGGUUGUCGUUAGCUAACUGGCUUGCUAGCUAAGUGGCUAACGAAUGAGAACCCAUACAAAUUUAAUUGAUUACCUUUAGCUUGUAACAUGGUUCAAAACAUGUUCCGGACCGGUUUCCUGGUUCGGGCAACACACACCGUGUUGACCUGGCUCAUAACGCUGAUUCUGUUUGUGCACAACACCGAUUUGCGCCAAUGUGAGGAGCGCGGCGAGCUGACGGUUCCUGUGCUGUUCUUCCUGCUGGUGGUGUUGUCGGUGCUGUUGUACUUUGUCGUGUCGCUCAUGGACCCUGGCUUUGUCCUCACCGACAUUGUCAAGCCUGCAGAUCUGGAAACCGAGUCCAUGAUGCCUCAGUCUUCCACUUGCCGUCUGCGGCGUUGUGGCUUUUGCAUGCUUCAGCAGCCAAUGAGAGCCAAGCACUGUCCAACGUGCUCUCGCUGCGUACGUCGCUUCGACCACCACUGCCCGUGGAUCGAGAAUUGCGUGGGUGAGCGCAAUCACCGCUGGUUCGUGCUCUACCUGAUGGUGCAGUUGCUGACUCUGCUCUGGGCGCUACGGGUCGCUAUCUCGGGGAUUUCUCCCAGUCCCACUUGGGAGUCGUGGUUCCGCACCAACGGCUUUCUAUUGGCAGCGCUGUGCGUAGUGGGCGUGUUCUCGGCGGUGGUGUCGGUGCUGCUGGGCUGCCACAUCUACCUGGUGGCCAUCAACUGCACCACUUGGGAGUUUAUGUCCCGCCACCGCAUCGCAUACCUGAGGGAGUGCGGCGAUGACGACAGCCCCUUCGACCGCGGCGUCCUCUGCAACUUGUGGGACUUCUUCUGCGUGUGCGGAGCCGUGACCUGGGAGCAGGUGUACCACAGGAAACCCCAGAAUCCCGUUUGAGCGCCCUCAAGUCCAGAGCCGGGACUCAAGACUUUAACGACUCGAGAUUCUCACACUAAGGGUUCCCCUGUUACUUUUAUUUGAAAGCACAGUGCAGGUUCUGGCCUACCUGAAUCGCCCAGCUCAAUCAGACAGGAAGUAGUAGUUCAGGCCAGCUGGAUGAAGUCACAGUUGGUUCCUCUUGUUAGGUGAACCUUAUUUUCAAACCCAACACACAUUCUGAUAAAACUGAAGUCAGCAGUUCAAUUCGACAGGAACCGUAUCGAGCAAACAGGAAUUAGCGGAACCCAGGAGGAAGUAGAUGAACCAAACAGGAAGCACACAGGAGCAGCAGGAUUGAUCACUUGUGGAUCGCUUUUCUACCUUUGGUACUCAAAGGUGCUUCACACUGCUUCCUUGUAAACCUACUGAUGAUAUGCCAUCGGGAGCAACCGGGGGUUCAGUGACUCACUCAAAGACACUUUGGCAUGGUCGCAAUGGCCGCGGUUGGGAGGCGACGGCUCUACGGCUGAGCCAUGCUGCCCCAGAAGUAGAUGAACAAGACACGCCAGUCAGAGACCAAGCAGUAAGUGUGUGUAUGAAUUGAUUGAGGACAAGACAGGCAAAAAACAAUGAGGUCGUGUUGUCGUUUACAGUCAUUUGUUUAUUCACACAUGUAGCAUUAAUAGCAGUUUAUAACAGUCAGCUAGGUUCCUUCCCGUGUUACUGAGACCAUCACGAGGAAUGUCGACAUUUGACAUAUUUGAAAUUUGAGCGUGUCAGCUGUUUACUCUGAUGAUUAAAUGACUUUCUAGUUUGCAGCCUUGAACUACAA